CAUUGAGUAAUGGAGAUGCAGAACAGUAAAUGAAAUUGAUGCUGGGAUUACAUAGUACCUGAAGCAGACGAGGUGUUUUGUACAGCCUAGGAAUUGAUGUAAAAAUGAAGAAUAAAAUUGAUCCAAAGCCAAUGAAGAUGCCAGACAGACAUGUGGACAGCAUUAGAGAUAUGACAUCACUAUCGACUCUUGUUAGAUAUCUAUGUCAUCCUACUGACCCAGCUAAUCUGGCAGUUCUAAGGAUUGCUUUUGGAAUUCUGAUGAUGGUUGAUAUACCUCAGGAGAGAGGGAUGUCUCAUGCUGAUGUCAGGUGGGGCCGACAAGAUGUGUGCAGGUUCCCUCUCUUUUCUGCUCUCAAAGUGGCCCCACUGGAAUGGAUGUAUAUUAUUUAUCUCAUCAUGUUUAUAGGUGCCCUUGGCAUAACAUUGGGGUUGUUUUACCGUACCAGCUGUUUACUGUUUUGUUCUACCUACUGGUAUAUAUUUCUUCUGGAUAAAACUGCAUGGAAUAAUCACUCCUACUUGUAUGGCCUAAUGGGAAUUCUUUUAAUGGUAGUCGAUGGCAAUAGAUGCUGGUCAUUAGAUGGUCUUCUCAGUUGUUCCAUCAACAAUUCACAUGUACCCUGGUGGAAUUACUUCAUCUGUAGAACACAGAUUUUUCUUGUAUACUUCAUUGCUGGGUUAAAGAAGCUGGACCUGGACUGGAUUUCUGGAUACUCCAUGCAGAGGUUGUCCAGAAAUUGGGUGUUUGAUCCAUUCAGGUUGAUUUUGACAGAUGAGCAGAUAGACCUGUUUAUUGUACAUAUAGGAGGACUUACUAUUGAUCUGUUUGGAGGAAUCCUUCUCCUGUUUGACAGAACUAGACCCCUGGCCAUUUUCUUUUUGUCAUCAUUUCAUCUCAUGAACUCAACAAUGUUUUCUAUAGGUAUGUUUCCAUAUGCCAUGCUUGCCACACUGCCUUUAUUUUGUUCUGUGGAUUGGCCCAGAAAGAUUAUUCCCCGACUGCCAAAAUGUCUUCAAAUGUUCACACCAACAGACUCAGAAAUCCAGCCUAGUUCACACUGUAUUUAUAACAAAGAAGAUAUCAAGCCUGAGGAAGACAAACAGCGUAAAGGAUCAGUUACUUCAUAUUCUAAAUCACCCCCACCUACCUCCCCCUCACUUGUUCAUAAGCUGGGGGUAACCUUUACAGUUCUUUAUAUUGGUGUACAGUUGUUCCUGCCGUAUUCUCAUGGAAUUACAAAGGGUUACAAUAAUUGGACAAAUGGGCUUUAUGGCUACUCCUGGGAUAUGAUGGUCCAUUCCUGGACAACACAGCACAUAAGACUCUCCUACAAAGACAAGAUUUCAGGAAAAGUGGGAUAUCUGGACCCUAAUGCAUUUGUUGACAAAACAGGAAGGCGGUGGAGUAGUCAUGGUGAUAUGGUGGUCCAGUAUGCACACUGUGUGGCAGACAUCUUAAAGAAUUAUAACAUGUCAGUGGAACUCUACUUUGACAUUUGGAAGUCAAUGAAUAGAAGAUUCCAACAAAGAAUAUUUGAUCCAAGGGUAAAUAUUGUGGAUGUUGAGUGGUCUCCCUUUAGGGAAGUUUCCUUUGCAAUGCCUCUUCUGCUUGAUUUAUCACCAUGGCGAUCAAAGCUUGCAGAGAUGGAGAAUGAAUUGGUAGACACAUCAAACUACACAGAUGUGGUUUUUGUGGCUGACUUUCCAGGACUACAUCUGGAGGCUUUCAUACAAGAAGAUCUAGGUAAUACCAGCAUCACCCUGCUAUCAGGCAGUGUCGUUGUUGAAUUUGUAGACAAGAAAAAGAAUGUCAGCUUAAAUAUUGGAGACAAAAUUCAGGUGCCCCCUGGAAAGUUUCACAAAGUUUACACCGUGUCUGAGGGACCCUCCUGUUACAUGUACAUUUACGUAAACACCACUCAUGUUGAAAUUAUGGAAAAGGUGGAGAAAGUUGAGAAAAUAAUGAGUGAUAAAAACAUCAGUGCAGCUGCAGCUGUCAAAAAGGGGAUGUCUAGACAUGACCCAUUGGUUGAAGAUGUAAAGCAAGAGAUGGAGAGACGAAAAAAAGAGGAAACAAAGAAAACAGUACUGGAGAAAGUCAAGGAAUUCUUUACCAAGAAAGUUAGCCUUAUAAAUAGAAGCUGGACUUUUUUGCUGGGAGCAUUGGAAAGCAUAGUGUUUCAAACAUCAUUUGAUGAUUUUCUGAAUAUGACCUACAGCAAGGAGCAAGAAGCCAAAUCACUUUUACCAGAAACUGUGGAAGUAGUGUCUUAGAAGUACAUCUGUACUUCCAUUUUAUAUAAAGUUCUAAAUACAUGUACUACAUUAAAGGGAUAUACAUGUAUACAGGUACAUGUACAUUUACUAGCAUGUAUAAUUUUUUAAGAUUUUCUUUCUAUGGUUAAAAUUGAUCUUUUUACUUGUGCCAUUUUUAGCAAUGUAUUCAAUUUAUUAUUUUUUUUUUUUUUUACAUACACUAUAUUUCUUAU